CUUUCUUCCGGAAGCCAUAAAAAGCCGUUUCUUCUCUUCUCUUCCCUUCCCCUGAAAAUCAAACCCUAUUUCACAAAGCCAUAUUUCUCUCACAAAAUGAACACCAGCGUCCUAAGAAACGGUAACAAAGUUCAAAACAUAUGGAGAAGCCACUCUGUUUCGGGUUCAAUCGGUGUUCCGAUUCACAGAAGCCAUGUCCGACGAGAACCCCAACUUUCCAAAGCUUUUUACUCCCGAUUUCCUGGUCGAAAAACCAAAGAUUUGGAAUUUUCUGUUCCAGUUCGUAGUAUUAGUAGUAAGACCAAUGGUAAAACGCUAUUGGCUUCUAUUACGAAUAGUGCAGCAAUUGGAUGGUAUUUGGGCAUGAUUAAAACCCGACCCAUUCUUACUAAAAGCAUCACAUCCGCCCUCAUUUACACUGCUGCUGAUUUUACAUCUCAGACAAUGACAAGGUCUUCUUCAGAGGCUUAUGAUGUGAUAAGGACUUGUCGUAUGGCUGGAUAUGGUAUGAUGAUAUUAGGUCCAUCACUACAUUUCUGGUUCAAUUUUGUUUCAAGGGUUCUACCAAAACAAGACCUUAUCACAACAUUUAAAAAGAUGUUCAUGGGACAGACGAUAUAUGGACCUAUAAUGACUGCCACUUUCUUCUCUGUCAAUGCAGCCCUGCAAGGUGAAAAAGGCAAAGAAAUUAUGGCCAGAUUAAAGCGAGACAUGUUGCCGACAAUGAUCAAUAACGUGUUAUAUUGGCCGAUAUGUGAUUUUAUCACCUUCAGAUUCGUCCCCGUUCAUUUGCAGCCACUGGUGAGCAACUCGUUUGCGUAUGUAUGGACGAUUUACAUCACAUAUAUGGCCAGCUUAGCAAAAGCGGGCGCCAACUGAUAAAGACAUUUAUUCAGUCAAGUUACAAGUCAGAUCUAUACAAAUUGGUUACAUGUUUACAACAUAUAGCAUUAGCAUAUUUAUGAUCUCAUUCCCAAUUUGGUCAUUUUAACAUCUUACAAACAAGCACAAGUGUCUUCAGGCCAUGUUUUGUCAAGAACAUAAC